AUGUCCUCGUCCGAGGAUGAAGCUGUCCGACGCCCAGGUCGCGGCGGAAGAGCUUACAACGGCGACGUGAGCGACGAAGACAACGCCAAUAUCUCAGCACCAGAGAAUGACCAAGUAGACGACAACGAUGAUAGGGAUCUUUUUGGUUCGGACUCAGAACCUGAUGUGGACGAGCGCCCACAUCGUACUCUUGACGACUCGGACCUCGACUCUGGCGACGACGAGGGGCGUUAUGACAGGAAAGAGGACCGCAUGGAUCUGGGCGAAGAUGAAGAGGACGGGUUUGGAGAGGUGAAAGUCAUGGACCUUAGCCUUGGUAGGGCGCCGGAACCACGAUCUACGAACGGACAGGUUUACACAAUGGAAAUUCCAAACUUUCUGUCUCUCGAGACGGAAGAGUUCAGACCCGAGACAUACGUAGCACCACCAUACUCGACAGCUGCGACUUCUCUCUGUUGGCGAUACGAUCCCAAUGACCAGACAAGUCUUCAAUCAAAUGCUCGAAUCAUUCAAUGGGAAGACGGCUCGUUCACAUUACAGCUUGCAUCCAACCCUAAAGAACAAUACAGAAUUGCUUCGAAACCGCUAGCACCGCUUAACAAGGCUGGAAACUACGAUGCCACUCUGGAUACACAUACGUACCUAGCAGCUGCCGCCGAGACUGCCUCAGUAUUCAAGAUCACGUCGCAUCUAACACACCAAUUGAAACCAUUACCAACCAACGCGGAGACCGAUGAUGCCAUCCAACGCCUACAAGAGAACCUUCUCGCCGCUGGACGAGGCGGUAAAGCCAACGCCAACGGCAGCGGAAUCGCCAUCAUUGAUAUCAAGGAAGACCCUGAACUAGCCGGAAAGAGGGCCGAGGCUGCUGAAAGAUUGAAAGCAAGAGAAGACCGGAAAAGACAACAAUACGCAGACCGCGAGCAAAACCGCACCGCGCGUCGUGCAACAUACCGCCCAUCGCGCGGAGGCCUUACUGCCGCCGGAUUGGAAGACGACGAUGGCAUGUUCGCGACACGACCGGCCAAGAGACGUCCUCGUACGAACCGUCAUGGUGAAAUCUACUCGGAUGAUGAAGAAGAACAUGGCCGUCGUCGACAGGAUUCUUACGAGGUUGAUGAUUUCGUCGCUGAUGACGAUGAAGAGCUGGAAGAGGUUGAAGACGAGGAAUCUCUGCCUGAUGAUGAGAUGGAUGCGGAGGGUGAGGAUGAUGAUGAGGAAAUUGAGAGAGCUGCGCCAUCACCUAAACGGAGGGAGGUGGCUGCUGGAGGUGGUUCGCCGCCUACGAGGAAGAAAAAUCGGUAUCGUGUUGAAGAUGACGAUGAUGAAGAGUAA